UCGCUGCCUCGCCAUGCGUGCCAUCCUUUGCCUCACAUCCCUCGGAUUUGUUGGACUUCCUACUGUGCUUGGGAGUAGUGCCAAGGAUACGCCUUACCAGCAGCCCGAGCAGAUCCACAUCGCUUUGGGGCAGCCAGGUGAAGUCACAGUUCAUUGGUCUUCGAUCCAGGAAAGUUAUUUGCGGCAAAAGAGCGGAUAUCACCCUGGAGAGUCCUAUGUCAUCUACGGCGAGUCCAUCGAUGACCUGACAAGGACUGUCAUCGGCAGUUCCUUCCUUUUCCAAGACUAUGGUCCUGAACGUCGUAAGUUCACCAUGCACAUGGCUGCAAUGAAAGGACUGACUGCAAACACAAAGUACUGCUACAUGGUGGGUGGCAAUCGCACUGGCUGGUCAGCGCCAAUGUAUUUCACCAGUCCUCCAGUGACUGAUCACGAUGUGAAAGUUCGCUUGCCCAUGACUUACGCUAUCUAUGGAGAUCAGGGCGACUACAAUGCGCAGACGCUCCCCUCCUUGCAGCAAGCAGCUGCACGGGGCGAAUUGGACAUGGUUCUCCACGUCGGAGACAUGGCCUAUGACUUUCACAGUGACAAUGGCAGGAACGGCGAUGCGUGGAUGAGGGACAUUGAACCCUUGGCGGCCUAUGUGCCGUAUAUGGUGUCUCAUGGGAACCACGAAAGCGCUCAGAACUUCAACCACUAUACACAACGUUUCAGGAACAUGCCCUCCAACUCCGGCACUUUGACUUUCCCGGAGUUUGGCACGGUGCCCAACAACUGGUGGUACUCGUGGGAUGACGGUUUGGUGCACUUCGUGGCCAUUUCAACGGAAGUGUAUUUUGACUACCACGACAUGGUCCCAGAGCAGUAUCGAUGGCUGGAGAAGGAUCUUGCAGCUGUGAACCGAAGCAAAACACCCUGGGUGGUGGUCCACGGCCAUCGGCCUUUGUAUUGCUCCUGCGAUGAGGACUGCGAUGCCCCUGCCACAACCAACCGCAUGGGGCUGCAGUUGCCGGAUGGGACCUUCAAGUAUGGUUUGGAACAGCUCUUCUACCAGCACGGUGUCGAUUUCUACAUAGCAGGCCACGAGCACGACUACGAGCGCAUGUACGAUGUGGCGCCCGGCUAUGAUGCUGCCACCCCCUGGCUGAGUGGUGCUACCACCCGCAGCACCGUGGAUCCCCCUGCCACGACGUACAUCGUCACGGGCUCGGCUGGAAAUAUUGAGGACCAUGAGUCCUUCUCUCGGCCAGCACCAUCGCGGAGUGCGAAACGCUUGAACACCUACGGCUGGUCGAAGAUGACGGUGUACAAUGCCAGCCAUAUCUUGUGGCAGCAGAUUCAGACCGACACGGCAGCACCCUCCAGCACCUGGGGUCAGGUGAUGGAUGAGGCUUGGAUCGUUCAGCAGCACCAUGGGCCUUUCGCAGAUCAUCCACGACGCUCCGAGAUCGAAAAGGUGGGCUUAGCAGGUCUCCCUGCCCUGGCGGAUCCCGAGGUGUCACUGGAUGUAGCCAUGAAAUACGCCACCAGGAGACUCAAAAAUGAGGCGCAAUGCAAGCACAUGCCUGCGGGGCAGGAACCGCGAUGCACCGAUCCGCGCCUGGCACAGGAUCUCGCACAGCAAGGCCGCUGGCAAUACACCAAGCGCCGUGCUGACGGUGAUGGGGUGCAGCUGGUGUGAGGACCAAUCCCGACUCCUUAGCCGCAAUAAAUCACCUUUAGAUGCGGCACGAAGAGACUUACUUGCGAGGUGAGAAGUUAGGUUUAGGACCUACGAUGCAGGGAAGAGAACCGUGGUAGUGGGAUGAUUUUUUGCCAAGAAAAGCGUUGACACAUUUUUGAAUUUGACCAGCGGAAAUGGUGUUUGUUUGUUGCAGCAAAA